AUGCCAACUAAAAGAGCUGGAUCAGCAGCACCUGCCGAUUCUCCUUAUCUCAAGAAUGGACAAUUCAUUUUUAAAUUGGAAAUAAUUAUUCAUCAUGUUAGGAAAAGUCAUUUCCCCUAUUAUGACUUUGGAAAGAAAACACCAAUGUCCAACGCUGUAGUUAAAAUUGUCGACGGUAGUAAUAUGAUUCAUCGUUACCACGUUAAUAAAGAGUUUCUUUCAAUGCAUUCUGACGCUCUUCAAUCUCUCUUUCAUAAUACGGGUUUUAUAGAAGGUGCUUCCGGUGAGGUUGAACUUCGUUCUGUUGAACACGGUGUUUUUAAUGAAUUCCUUUCAAUUGUUUAUCCUUCGCGCCAUCGGCCACAAAUUAAAUAUGUUCGUGGUUUACUUGAAUUUGCUCGAAUGUACUUCGUUCCAAUGGUUACUGCGAUUUGCGAGCAGCGUUUAUUGGUGGCUGUCGAGGCUGAAAUGGCUCUUGGGGAACGGCUUAGAUUGGCAGACCAAUACGGACUUUUUCAACUGAAGUCUGUUAUAAUGCAAAAGUUGGACCCAAGAAAAAUGGAUGAAAAGUUUUUGGAAGGACUGUCACAAGAGACUCUACAAAUGUUUAUUCGCAAGCAGAAACACAUCGAUCAAAAUGAAAAAGCUGCUGCUAAAAAAUCGGGAACUACAAAAGAAGAGUCCAUGGAUGUUGAUCAGACUGCUCCUUCUUCAAGUCAAGCUACUGAUCGAAGUCACCAUCGUAGAGCAGCUGCUUCUCAUACUUCUGCUGCUGCCAACAAUGCUCACGAAGUUUUAGCUGCACGUCUCCGACCAAUGGCUCGACGAGGACGUGGAAUUGGAUUGAAUCGACAUUAG